GGCACGCCAACGACGACUUUGCAAUGCCGAGGACGCGGGCGAUGUGCUGCCUCAUGCCGUCGAAGCCCUCCGGCGAUGCGCGCCGCCGCAGCAGCGCGGCGUGCAUUUGCUGCAUCGGCCCCCACCACCGCCCGUCCGGGGGCGGCGCCCUCGCCCCCGUCGACGCGGACAACAGCAGCGUGCGGACGCCGCUCACCAGCUGCUGCGGCGCCGGGGACGCCGUCCGCACGCCGCGCACCCCCAAGACGCCCUCCGCCAGGCGCCUCUGCGGCGUCCGCUCCCGCACCCCGCGCCGCGCGCAGCAGGUCCGCCGCUUCACUCCGGCACCAGCGCCGGCGCCCGCGGCACCUGCUGCUCCAGCGCGAGCGGCGGCGCCGGCUGCUCCCGCGAGGACUCCUGUGGCAGCUGCUGCAUCGGCUGGAGCGGCGCUGGCUGUUCCUCCGGUGAAGACUCCCGUAUCAGCUGCUGCGUCAGCUGGAGUGCCGCUGGUUGCUCCUCCUCCUGCGAGGACUCCCGUGGCAGCUGCUCCGUCGGCUGGAGCGGCGCUGGUUGCUCCUCCUCCUGCGAGGACUCCCGUGGCAGCUGCUGCUGCUUCGGCUGGAGCGGCGCUGGCUCCUCCUCCUGCGAGGACGCCGCGAACGCCUUCGACGCCGAUCGGGCGGACCCAGCGCGUGUGCUGCGUGACCACCGCGGCGCCAGCGCAGGCCGGCAACGCGAAGUCCAAGUCGGGCACCGCGCGGCGCCGCUGGCUCAGCUCCGCCAGCAAGGCGGUGGCGCAGACGCGCGGCGCGGUCUCCGGCAACGUUCGCGACAGCGGCACCAACCCGCGUGCCAACGGCCACGUCGCCAAGGCGGUCCACAGGGCGGCGCCGCUCGCGCAGGCCGUGGAGCCGCCAGCGCCGGCGAAGGAGGACGAGUCGGUCUGCUCCGACGAGGAGUACGCGAUGCUGUGCCGGGAGGGCUUCUCACGGGAGGACGUCGCCGCCGUCACCAUCCAGGCCUACUUCCGCGCGCACCUGGCGCGGCGGGCGUUCAAGGCGCUGAGGAGCCUGGUGAGGCUGCAGGCGGUGGCGCGGGGCGCGUACGUGCGGCGGCAGGCGGAGGUGGCGGCGCUCGCCAAGCCCAAGGACAACGACGACAAGCUCCUGCUGCUGCAGAACUGAUCGAUCAACAUGCAGCACAAAAUAAAUCUGGAAACUGAUCUGGGCUUCUCGAGCGAGGCAAGUUUAAAUUGGUUCGCAUGAUGAGUUGUUCAAACCUGCCUGGGUUUGUACAUCUGCGAUUGUUUUCAAUUUCAUGGUCUCCUUAUUUAUGUCGUUUUUGGGGAGUGUCUUCACCACUGGAAUAUGUAACUCCUGCAUUUUCAAACAUACCGUGGGUGUUUUCAGUUUUGCCAA